AUGACUACAACUGCAUCGAAUUCACCGAUCAAUGAUCGAUGCAUCACAUGUUUAUCGUCAUUUGGCAUUCAAGUAGAACGAGUACCAUGCAAAUGUAUAAAUAUUAAAUGUGGUCGACAAUUCUGUGCUCAGUGUAUAAAUCAAAUCCAAGCCUAUAACGGAAAUGAACGACCGUUUCGAUGUAUGUACUGUUUACAAGACUAUCCGAAUAAUUCCUUACCCGAAGAGAAUCAACCGCUUAUCGUCCAGCUAUGGAAUGAAAUUAGAAUGAAAUACAAUAUUAAACAUACACAGAAUUUGUUGUUAAAUUCAUGCCAUUGGUCGGAUUUAAGCAACGAUAUUGAUUGUAGACGACGACACUUAAUGAAUCUAAUCACAUUAUAUAAACGUUUCUGUGGCCGAACGCAGUAUCUUUUCACUGCUGAAAAUUUUGUCAAUCAACUUACAGAACUUUUCCAUAGUUUAAAUGAAAACAGUGAUAAUCAUCUACAGAAAUGUAAAGAUAUGUACCAACAACUUAUUUCGGCUAUUGUUGUUAAUGAGAAUGAUAUUGGAGUAAUGUACAUUAACCUUUGUGAACGUUUACAGUUAGAUAUAUCCGAAGCUGAAUAUUGCAGCAUGUUCCCGAAGAUUAACACAAAAAUGAAUGAAUGGCUACAUGAACAGGAUUCAACAAAGGAAUUUCAAUCGAAAAUCCUCGAUUUAUUUCAAGCAAUGGAACAGGAUCUCAUCAAUCAAUGGAGAAAUCCUUACUUAGCGACACGAACUAAAAUUGGUGUGAUCGGAUUUACCGGUGUUGGGAAAAGUUCACUCAUCAAUUAUCUACUUGGCAUUAGAUGCUUCGCUAAUGAUGAUGCUGCACCCGUUUCGACAACAAGAAGUACUUAUUUUCCAUUACAAUUUGAUAAGCAAGAACCUUUACUAUCUCCGUAUGACCCACAGAAGAAGACCUUGGUGACUUUUAUAGACAUUCCAGGUGUCGACAAGGAUAACUAUUCGUUAAAGGAUGUUGGAGACGAAGACGAUGUUUAUUUAGAUGAAAUCCGGAAAGCAGACUGUGAUGUUUACAUUCUUGUUUACAAUGAAGCAUUACAUAUUCAAGAAGAAGAUUGGAUAAGUUAUAUUGAGGAAUGUUUGAAACGGCAAUGUGUUCUCGUACGCUCCAAAGUGGAUACUACAUGCGUAACAACAUCUAACAUUGACAUUGAACAAUUACGUCUGAAGAACCGAAUGAAGUCGCAACCUAAUUUUUUGGUUGCGUGCGAUCCUUCUUCAGAUGUUUAUGACAUGAUGUCGUUUGAUAUGCCGCUUUUAAUGAAAGAACUAGGCCAUCUAGCGUACGAUACAUGUUCGAACCGAAUUCAUGCGCUUGCUCAUCGUACAAUUGCACGUGCUAUCAACAUAAUUUUCCGUCGCGGUUAUGUGCUCAACGUGAUGAGAUAUAAGAUAGCUGCUGGGUUCGCAUCUAUAAUACCGUUCGGUGAUCAAUUACCUCGUUAUCUAUCUCGUGAGAAUAUUCGUGACGUAUUCGGUAUUAAUAAUAAUCUUUGGCAAUAUCUGGCACCAUUCCAUCUGAUUGUUCGCAAUUAUCAGUUACAAACUUCAGCGUAUAAAGAAUAUGUCGAAGUUCAACACAUACAAACGAAUUCGAAAUUCGAUUCGAAAUGGGUCGGAAGGACAGCUGGGGCGGCGUUAAUUGUUGGUGGUGGAUUAGCAGAUGACAUUCUUCGAGUAGCAGCUCCAGCUGCCACUGUCCUAUCAGGAGCUGCACGGACAGUAUUCACAGUAGCUACCAUCGGUAUCGGUGCUGUUAUUUCAGCCGGAGUUUCUGCUUGGUCAGCAGUCGAUAGUGGUAAGCAUAUAUUUAGCUAUAUCAAUCGAGUCUGUGAUGAUACUAUUAUGAUCGCUGAUCCAUUAAUCGCAACAAUCAUAGAACGCGAACGAGAGAAUACGUUCGGUCAAAAUUAA